CUUCUCCAUGUCAUACGAGGGCUUCAAUAUCACCUUCUCAGAGUACAGCUUGGAGCCGUGCGAGGACCCGGGAGUACCCGCAUACAGCAGGAGGGUGGGCUUUCAGUUUGGGGUCGGCGACUCCCUGGUCUUUUCCUGUUUUGCGGGCUACCGUUUGGAAGGCGAGAGUAAGAUCACUUGCUUGGGUGGAGGGAGGAGAGUAUGGAGUGCAGCCCUGCCCAGAUGUGUGGCUGAGUGUGGAGCCACUUCUGUGGCCAGUCAGGGUGUCCUACUGUCCCCCAAUUACCCGGCAAAUUACGACAACAACCACGAGUGCAUCUACCGCAUUGAGACCGACAGAGGCAAGGGGAUUCAAAUCACAGCCACCACGUUCCAGCUUCACGAGGGAGAUUUCCUCAAGGUUUAUGAUGGUCAAGAUAGUUCAUCAAGACUCCUCGGCAAUUUUACAAAAAACGACAUGUCUGAUGUCAUCCUCAACAGCACGUCCAACCAUCUUUGGAUGGAGUUUAACAGCAAUGGUACCGGUACCAGCAAAGGAUUCAAGCUGUCGUACAGCAGUUUUGACCUUGUCAAAUGUGAGGAGCCGGGGACACCUAAUUAUGGCUACAAAAUCCAAGACGAUGGGCAUUUUGCAGAUACAUAUGUUUUGUACAGUUGCAAUCCUGGAUACACACUACAUGGAAGCAGCACGUUAACGUGCCUCAGUGGAGACCGUAGGGUUUGGGACAAACCACUUCCAUCUUGUAUGGCCGAGUGCGGAGGACACAUUAGCGGCGCCACAUCUGGACAGAUUCUGUCUCCUGGUUACCCGGCCCCCUAUGACAACAACCUUCACUGCACCUGGUCCAUUGAGGCGGACACAGGCAAAACCAUCAGCCUUCACUUCAUAGUCUUUGACACGGAAGUGGACCAUGACAUUCUGAAGGUCUGGGAUGGACCAGCGGAGAGUGGCAUUCUGCUGAAAGAGUGGAGUGGAUCGCUUUUACCCGAGGACACUCACAGCACCUUCAACAUCCUCACGCUUCAGUUUGACAGUGAUUACUUCAUUAGCAAGUCUGGUUUCUCCAUCCAGUUCUCUACUACAGUUGCCACGACCUGCAACGACCCAGGGACCCCUCAAAAUGGGACACGCUACGGAGACAGCAGGGAGCCUGGCGACACCAUUACCUUUCAGUGUGACCCUGGGUACCAGAUUCAAGGAGUGUCUGAAAUCACUUGCGUUCAGCUCAACAGCCGAUUUUUCUGGCAGCCGGACCCACCCACCUGCAUUGCUACCUGCGGGGGCAACGUGACAGGGCCUGCUGGGGUAAUUCUAUCACCCAACUAUCCCCAACCCUACCCACCAGGAAAAGAGUGUGACUGGCGGCUAAAAGUCAACCCUGACUUUGUCAUCGCUUUAAUCUUCAAAAGGUUCCAGGUGGACCCUGCCCGAUUACAUCAACCUGGCUCGGUUCGUCACCAGAUCCCGUCUCCUCUCCGCCAGCCCAGAGGCAUCACACAGUAG